AUGUCGUGGACAGUUCACGAGGAUGAAUAUAAAACAACGGAGCCCAGUAUACGGGAAAUACUUCAUGAAGUUUUUGAGGAAGUGGACCAAUGCAAAGUGUCUACCGGAAAGUACACCAAAAGCCUUCAAGUGUUUUCCUCCCACACCGAGCAUGGCAGUCCCUCCGGCGAAAAAUUAGAAAUCAGCGGAAGCUGGCCGUACUUUCACACUCCCGCCACCUCCCCUGUGGUGAGCACCAAGUUUGCGAACCUCCCCUUGCCGACCCAAAUCCCCUAUACCCCCCAUCCAUCGAUCUCCAACUCUCUUUUGGAUCUUAAUCCGAAUGGAGCUACGGAACGGGACACCUUUUCGGCUCAUUCAACCCGGAGCCGAGGUCCUCUACCGUCUCUCCUGGAGUCGCUUAAUCCCAUGGACCCUCGUAAGGCCCCAGGGCGGUCUUUAAAUAGUGAGACCCCACCACAUGAUUCAAUAUCCCUAUCUUAUGGGGAUCGGCUGAGCUCAUCCAUGGGAAUGAAGGGCCAAGCGCCGGCAGGGGAAGGCACAAUGAGCCUGAUGACGGUAGAGGGCAUUCGAGGAAAAGUGUACGAAACGGCAAAGGAUCAGCACGGAUGCCGUUUUUUGCAGCGCUGGUUGGAUACCAAUUCAGACGCGGAGUUUGUGCAGGUGAUCAUGCAAGAGAUUAUCCCCCACGUGGCGGAGCUUAUGGCUGAUCAGUACGCGAACUUUCUUGUCCAAAAGCUUUUCGAUAUAAUGCCGAAUGACAUCCGAUACAGUGUUGCGCUUAAAGCGGCGCCGAAGAUAUCCCUGAUAGCCCUCACGCCACACGGUACCUUCAGCGUUCAGAAGAUGAUCGAGACCAUCUCUACAAGGGAGGAGAUGGAGAUCGUGCGGGAGGCGCUAAGGAAUGAUGUCGUGCGACUAAUCAAAAACGCCCAUGGCAAUCAUGUGAUCCAAAAGGUGCUCCAGCGCUUUAAUUAUGAGGAUAAGGAUUUUAUCUACAAAGCGGUUGCCCUCGAUUGCGCUUCCAUCGCGAAAAACAAGCAGGGCUGCUGCGUUCUUCAACGUUGCCUAGAGUUUGCGUCCCCAACGCAAAAGUCGGAUCUGGUGAAUCACAUUUUGAGCUGCUGUCUGCAAAUUGCUAGGGACCCUUUCGGGAACUACGUCCUGCAGUACGUUCUGCAGGCAAACGACAGUAAUAUUAAUGAUACCAUAGCAGUUGCGUUUCUCCCACAGCUCAUCCAUCUUUGUAUAAACAAGUUCAGUUCGAAUGUGAUGGAAAAGGUUCUCCGGGGUGCAUCCCAACCCAUACAGGAAAUGUAUAUUAAUACGAUGUGUAAUCCGGAGGUGGUGACGCGGCUGAUUCAGGAUGACUUCGGUAAUUACGUUCUUCAGACUGCCCUUACAAUCAGCUCUCCCGCACAGGUGGCAAACCUGGUUUUAAUUAUCCGCCCUUUGAUGCAUCUCAUCAAAAACGCGCCCUAUGCAAAAAAGUUAGAGGGUAAGAUGGAUAUCGUUUUGCGGAAGAGUGGAAUCUAUCAUAGACUCAAUUAUGCAGAUUGCAUGACGUCUCAAAUAUGCUCUACGAACGAAAAAUUUGGACACAUUAACUAUAAUAAAUAUGGCUUUCGCUCCGAAAUUCGUCCAACUUCCUGGACUAAAUCAUGAAACAAAAAUUAUUAUCCACGUGGAUUAGAAGCAAGGUUAAAUAAAGUGAGAUUAUAUGCACAUAAAAACGAAGUGUUUCCGUGUAUAUUGUGUAAAUUUGUAUUUCAAUUGUUGUUUCUCACAUACGUAACACGAAGAAUAAUAGAGGGAAUUAACGAUUUACUUUUUCCCCUUUUAUUUGGUAAUACUGAUUAACUCUUUCAUUUGCAUAUUUUUUUUCAAUUUGCUGAUGCUAGUUGCUAAAAGGUCAGAACUCAAUGAGUUUAAUAGCACAAUAAAGCAAUGGAAGCACAACUGUACAAUACUUCUUAAUUUGUUAGUAGGUUUGAUGAUGAAAACCUUGCUGUAUAUUUAUAUUUUAGUAUAGUACAACAAUAGAUAUGACGAUAUCAAGUAAAUCAAUAAAAUUUUAAUAAUACUAAUUCUUAUUAAUUGUACAGAAACGUAAUUAGGAGUGCAUUUCUUGGUGGUUAUCAUCGUAACAAUAUCUACUUAAAUGGUUACCUUAAUAGCAUUAGGUCAGAUUAAGAUGACACCAAGGAGCAGUAAAAUAAAUCCGAAGAAUUUAAGCAAAGAUGAUAUCACUUAGCUACAAAUUAUUGCUCAAGUAAAUAUGUGGUUCGAAGUCAUUUACUUUCCCGUUUUUUAUGAAAAAGGGAAGACCACAUAAAAAAUGUUAACAUGUUAUAACCUUAAUGAGAUGAUAAUGCGUUCCUUUCAUAGAGGGGAUAUGAGUAGCGUUAGUUAAUUUUUCAUUUUUUAUGAUGGAGAAGAUUGAUCCUCUGUCCUCCUUAGAUUACAAUAAGUAUAUACCUUUUUACUCUUUUUUUCUCCAACAAAGAAAAUAAAGUACAAAUAGUGUCAAUAGAUAUAUUAUUUAUUCAUACUAUUAUUUAGAAUGGUUUGAAGCCCAAACAGAAAAUCAGCUUGGUAUUUAUCAAAUUAUGUAUUCAUAGCGCUCCAUUUUUAGCUAAUGUUUACAUAAUAUUAUCUUUUGUAAAGGGUACAAAACAUUACAGCUAAUGUAUCGCAGCUUGUUCAUGAUUGCAUUCCUUCUCUUCCCAUUUAACAAACAUGCUCCACUGAAGGCCCUGGAUAUGACAUUUUUAUCCCAGUAGCAGUCGACUCUUCUGAAGAAUGAAAGGCCGUUCACCUCCGUUAAAAAGAGAAUUCAAAAGAUUCGGGUUUGUCGUGAUGAUAGAGUGUUGUAAUGUCAAAACUAAUUAUGAUAUUUUUAUCGCUUAACUAUUCCUGCAACCUUGAAGAUUAUAGUCAAAAUUAUCACGCACAUUGACUGCACUGUGAAGAUCCUUGUGUAAAGGUUAUACUUAUAAAUAUUUCUGCAUUUUUAGUUUUUUUUUUUCCUGAACAUGUGUGAAUACGGUGAUUUCACUUUAAUUUAUAGCUUUAACUUCUGAA